UGCAGUAAUAAUGCGUAAAUUGAGGUGUUUAAUUAAUUGAUGUAUUUUUAAUGUCUAAUGGACUCUUGUGGCGUUAAUUGUUUUGGCGCUGAGACCACAUUUUCACCCGUCAAAUAUCACACGUAACCGCAUGAAAUUCUCAUUUAUCACACCUCUAUAAAUGCGUUCGCCUGGCUGGCAAUAAGGUCACAGUCAAGCAAUAUUCCUUCGCCAUGGAGUCUCGAGAUGGGCUCAUGUACAACUAUGAGGACUUCACUUGGAUACCGACCAUAAGCUACAGGCUCUGUGGCUUCGAUGUCCUCGACACGCCCAACAAGCCGCGUCCUCUCUGGAUGAAGCUCUAUCACUGGGCCUGCGUCUGCUCACACAUCUGCUGCGUGUGCUUCAUGUUCCGGCGUAUCAUUGAGAGGGACACAAUCAAUAAUAUCUCGCUGAUUAUGCGCUACGCUACUCUGGUGACCUACGUCGUUAACUCGGACACAAAGUAUGGCACAUCGCAGCAGAAGCAAGCUUUCCAGAGGCUAAAUGGUAAACUGGCUAAGCUCUUUCCCAAAUCCAAGCAGUCCAAGAUCGACCAUCGAGUCGACGAGUACUACUGGCCACGCCCCACAAUUGUGCUGAUUGUGGUUUACUAUGGAUCGUCGGCAAUGGUGGUGCUGGGACCUCUCCUGCAAUCGGGGUAUAUCUACCUGAUGGAGAAUCGCUUUUCUUACGUGCACUGUUAUCCGUAUUAUAUAUUCGAUCCGGAGCAGGAUCCGCUGUGGCAAUACUUUCUCAUUUACGCUUUGGAGUGGCUCCACAGCACCCUGAUGGUCAUAUCGAAUAUGAGCACCGAUCUGUGGCUGGUCAGCUUUGAAGUGCAGAUUUGCAUGCACUUCGAUUAUAUAGCCCGAUCGCUAGAGAACUAUAAGCCCAAUAGCACGCGCGACCCUAAAGAUCGAAAAUUCAUUUCGCAAAUAGUGAACAGGCAUAACGAUUUGCUAGAACUUCAGGAGGAGAUUAACGGCAUCUUUGGCAGUUCUCUCUUGUUGAGUCUUCUGACGACUGCGGGUGUAUUUUGCACUGUUGCCGUUUAUACGCAGAUACAGGGACUAAAUCUGGAGGGGAUCACGUAUGUGGUAUUUAUGUUGACGGCCUCAUCUCUCGUCUAUCUGGUUUGCUAUUACGGCGAGAAGGUUAAGAGUUUGAGCACAUAUAUAACAAAUGCCGCCUACAAUCACAACUGGUCAGAUGCUCCGCCGGAUUACAAAAAGUCUUUAUUGAUUAUCAUCGCACGCGCCCAAAGACCAGCCGAACUGACAGCCAUGGGCUAUCUACCAGUAUCCCUAGACACGUUUAAGCAAGUAAUGACUGUUACUUAUCGGGUCUUUGCGCUAAUCAGACAAAUGAUAGAGUAAAGAUAUAAUGU